AUGUUUUCACGUAGUGUUUUGCAAGCCACUCGAGGCAUUCGUCCGGCUAGAGCUGGGCAGCUCACUCAAGCUCCAUUGGUCGGUCGGAGAUACAUUUCAGUCUACGGCUAUACGCAAGCAAAGGCACUCAUUUACUCCAAAUAUGGCGAACCGAAAGACGUUCUCCGCCUUCACAAGCACUCAAUCUCCGCACCACACGCAACCCAAGUCAACCUGCGCAUGCUAGCAGCGCCCAUGAACCCAGCAGACGUGAACCAAAUUCAAGGCGUCUACCCCAGCAAGCCGCCCUUCCAAACGGCGCUCGGAAAUGUGGAGCCGGCCGCCGUAGGUGGUAACGAAGGUGCCUUCGAGGUUCUGUCCACCGGCGCGGGCGUCAAGAACCUCAGCAAAGGCGACUGGGUCAUCAUGAAGCAAACCGGGCAAGGAACCUGGCGGACACACGCCCAGCUUGAUGAAUCCCAGCUCAUCAAGAUCGAGAACAAGGAUGGUCUGACGCCGCUGCAGGUCGGCACUGUCAGCGUUAACCCGGUCACGGCGUACCGCAUGAUGCGGGAUUUCUGUGAAUGGGACUGGAUGCGCGCGGGCGAAGAAUGGAUGAUCCAGAACGGUGCGAAUAGUGGCGUUGGACGUGCGGCUAUCCAAUUCGGCCGUGAGUGGGGGAUCAAGACGCUGAAUGUCGUUCGGCAGCGAAAGACGGCCGAGGAGACCGAGGCUUUGAAGAAGGAGCUCAAGGAGCUUGGUGCGACCGUCGUUAUCACUGAGGAGGAGAUGCUCACUGGUAACUUCCGGGAUAUGGUUCAUGAGCACACGCGUCAGGGUCGGGAACCUAUUCGCCUUGCUUUGAACUGUGUUGGUGGAAAGAACGCUACUGCUUUGGCGAAGACUCUCGCUCCUGAUUCGCACAUGGUGACUUAUGGCGCUAUGUCGAAGCAGCCUGUGGCGCUGCCUUCGGGCUUGUUGAUCUUCAAGAAUCUUUCGUUUGACGGAUUUUGGGUGAGCAAAUGGGGAGACAAGAACCCUGCUUUGAAGGAGAACACCAUUAAGGAUGUGCUUCAAUUGACUCGCUCUGGGAAAUUCCAGGAUAUCCCCGUGGAUAGAGUUGAAUGGAACUGGGAGACUGAGGGCCCAGCGCUCGCAGAGAGUGUGCAGGGCACUCUGGGUGGUUACCGCAGUGGGAAGGGUGUCUUUACUUUUACUGGUGGUGAUGAGUGA